UUUGUAUAUAAACUUGAAUACGCUUACAAGAGUUUUAACAAUUAUACAUUAUAAGAUUUAUAUUAAUUGUGUUAACGUUUUAAGAUUAUAUUAUUAGUUUAUUUUUAACGGUGUGAUGGAUUACGAUGAGGAGGAGGGUUGUGGCAUCCGCAACAUCUUCCGUUCUUUCGUUUGCGUGGCGCUGACGCUUUUACUGGGUCUGCACGUGUACUCGUACCUGUGGGGCUCGCAGGACACCAUUGAGGGAGACUUCGGAGAUAUAAAAUACAUGGUCAUGCAACUUACACAGGGCCUAUCUGAGAUGAAUCGUGAACACGAACGCAUCCGUAACGAGUUGGAGAGGAUGUCGUCAGCGCUGCCGGCUAUGACUGCGGCAUCGGGCCGCGUAAAGGACGCGUUGGAACCCACGCGCCGGCACGCGCGGCAAUUGAUGGAUAUGGGCGACUAUGACCGACAGAUAGCAGAUUUUGCCCUGGAGUCCGCUGGCGCCCGUAUACUUGAUACUGGAGAGACGCAGGAGUACAUGAUAUAUGAGUCCACUGUGGGGUGGGCGCUGCACGCGGUGAGCUCACUGCUCUGCCGCGAGUGCCCUGGCGCCUCCGCCAUCCUGCGCCCUGGCACGUUACCCGGCGAGUGUUGGGCCUUCCGCGGCUCCCGGGGCGAGGUCACCAUACGACUCGUGGGCUCAGUCCACAUUACCGGCAUCAGCAUUGAACAUAUACCGCCGCAUAUCUCGCCAACAAAAGAAAUAUCAUCGGCGCCACGUCUAUUCCAGCUCGAAGGUUUGUCGCACCGUGGCGAUCCACAUCCGCAUGACUUUGGCAGUUUUGAGUAUGACAAGGACGGUAAGCCUAUACAGUACUUCGAGGUGCAGCAACCGGCUGCCGCGGCCUACCUUAUCGUGAGACUCAAAGUGUUCUCUAACUGGGGACACUCGCUGUACACCUGUCUGUAUCGUGUCAGGAUACACGGGGAGCUGGCGCCGGGACAAGCGCCGCAGAAGACCAUUUCCGAAGAAGAAACGAUGCCUUUGCAUUAAGAAAUUUUGAUAAAUAUAUUUGUUAUAAGGUAUUAUAAGACUAGAGUAGUCGAACUUUAUCAGCACAACUAUGGAAUUAUUAAUUUGGACUUAAUUUUCUUUUCUUACAUUACUUCCAUAUCAGUCUGUAACAAAUUUGAAUACAAAUCUGUACCUGAGUUUGUUUAUUGUUGUUUGUUCUUUUAAUUUAUAAUUAUUUUUAAUUUUACGAAACUUGUAUCGAAGUCUUUUUUUAAAUUAUGAUUAUGGAUGAUAUUUUGUAUUGCGCUGUUUUAGUCACGCUUAUUUCUAUGUUGACAUUACAUUUUUAUUUUGGGGAAUCUUUUAUAAUCAUACUUGGAACGAUAGUAACACUUUGUUUUCAGAGUUUUAAAAUUUUGCCCAAAUUGUGGUUUCCCAUUCAACCGCCAUCAUUUAUAUCAUAAGGUGCAAUAUAUU